AUGCGACACGCGACACGAUUUAGCAUCUACGGAGUAGCAACUGCGAUCGAUGACCACAGCCAACAUGAUAAGGCCGUUGAGGAUGAGGAACGACUAUCUGCCGAACGGCGGAAGCUUACUCUAGCACCUACAAACAGCGGUCCUACACAACCUUGUGAGCUCAACCAAAGCUACCGUCUGAAGCCUCGCAUCAUUAUACCGCCUUCAACGGCGGAAUUUGAGAUCGACGAUAUGCAGGCCCCGAAUAAGCCGCGGAAUCUACCAACUCCUAAAGACGAUGAACAAUAUUAUACUUCAGGAUGUCCUCGAACACCCUCUACUCCGAAAGAUCCGAUACUUGUUGCGGAGUAUCAGGAAUGGCCAUUUCACGACUUGCUUGACUAUACUAGGAUUGAAAACGUUGCAACAUACCAUCCGCGGUUUGAGUUUCCGUGUAUCCUUGAGUCGUCGAACUUACCAAUCCCACUCAGAUCACUAAGCAUUAGUUCAAAUAAGAAAACAUUAGCACCAAUGUAG